CUGAAGAUGACAGCAAGAAGAUACAGGACACCAGGCGCCAGCAAGGAAAAUGUUGAUGGGCUCACAUUAAUCUUUGCUCAUUGCAUCGGAUCUCACAAAGAACAAUGGGAGCCGACUAUCGAACGAAUUUUUGAUAUUCAAGGAGCCAAAUCUCCGAGGCAUAGAAUACGUGAAGCAUGGGCGUUUGACUGGCAGAAUCACGGCGACGCUGCAGUAGUGAACGAGAGCGCGUUGAGGGAACGGCCUGAAGGUGUUUGUAUGGCAUUAGCCAUAUGCGAAUGGGCCCCUGCAAUCGCCUCAUUCGUUCGUUCGUCUCCGAUGAGAGGGCACCGGAUAGUCGGACUAGGUCAUUCAGCCGGAGCCGGAGCCAUGCAAGUCCAGCCGAUGCUGACUACCCAAAGCUCGCCUCCAUAUGCUGGUUUGGUCCUCAUUGAGCCCACUAUGAUCACAGAGGAUGUUUUCCGAGCUCACUUUGCCGACCGUAUGGCGACGAUGGAGGGUGCGGUAUGCGCGACAAGCAUUCGACGGGACCGGUGGACAGGGAAAGACGAUGCACAUGGCUGGCUCGCCGGGAGGUUUCCAUGGAGGGUCUGGGAUAAUAGAGUCCUGGAUAUAUUUGUCAAACACGGACUGCGGGAACACCAGCAGGGAGGAGUCACGCUCAAGUGUGAUAGAAAGCAAGAAGCCAUGUCUUAUCCAGACGUCGAUGGGCACUUCGAGGCAACCACUAAGCUCGCGAAGGUCUGUCACGCGGUGCCGGUGCAUGUGAUCUGGGGGACAUACAAUGAUUUAGUCCCCGAUUACUUCCAAGACUGCCUCAUUGAUGCGUCGCAAGGUCGGUAUGUGGCCUCUGUGACACGGGUCAGAGGUGUGGGGCACAUGAUUGUGCAGGAGAAACCGAAUUUGCUGGCAGAGACGAUCUGUGAUGUGUUGGAUACCAUUGGGGUGAAACCCGAGUGUCGUCGAGCUGACCCUUCACGGUCAAGGCUCUGAAGCAGAUUCCUUUGGUGUGGGAAUGUAUAAAUGGUCAAUGUAC